CAGAGGAGACGUGAAGCCUGGAUGCUCCGAGCCCUAACCGAGCACAAAGCCGUUAUUAACGCGUGCUGUCGCGUCUGGACAUGAGUCUGGAUUAAAGCCGGCUUCUCCCAGCCUGUGACUGAUGUGUGCGAUGCUCCUGACCGCCUUACCCCAGCUCAGCUUAAAGGUUGAUGAGCCUGUUGAAAUGCUCCCAAAAUCCAGAAAAGCUCUCAGCAUCCAGGAGAUCGCGGCUCUGGCCAGAUCAUCUCUCAACGGCAUCUCUCAGGUGGUGAAGGAUCACGUGACCAAACCGACGGCGAUGGCUCAGGGUCGAGUGGCUCACCUGAUCGAGUGGAAAGGCUGGUCCAAACCGCUGGAGCCCUCGUCUGCUACGCUGCAGUCGCAUUUUAAUUCCUACUCGCAUCUCAGCGAGGGGGAGCAGGAGGCCCGCUUCGCAGCAGGUGUCGCAGAGCAGUUCGCUAUUGCGGAAGCGAAACUCCGAGCCUGGAAUUCUGUGGAUGAGGAGGACGUGGAGAAGGAGGAGGAAGAGGAGGAGGAAGAGGAGGAGGAGGAUUGCUCAGAAGAGGAACUCGCUCACAGAAACCAGUUAACCGUCUCCACUCAGAGCUCAGAUGCCGCACUGUCCAAUCAGAAGACCUCGAUGCCUUGCCAGCCUGAAAUAAAUCAGAACAUCAGUGAGGAAUCCAGCCUCAUCCUGAGUCACUCAGACGCCCUUCAAUAUGCAGAAGACCCACAAGGAACCAUGGAGGAACUACAAAUUGCAGAAGAAGAUCUCCAGCUGCCAUCAGACGAGGUCCAGAAGCUCAAACGGAGGUCCUUAUGGAGCAGAGGCGACUCCUGCUACCACUCCGCCUCCUACUCUGAGUCUGGCCUCUCUCCAGAAGAAGAGGAGGAGGGAGAAGGGGGACAGGAAGUAGAAACGGAGGACAAUGUCUUUCACGAGGUGAUCUGCUGGUACAGCAUGUCUGAUACUUCAGGAGCAACAUCCUUUGACGAUGUGGAGGACGUGGAUGUGGAAGACGGAGAAACGUCCAGGCAGUGAUGAUGAUGAUGAUGAUGAUGAUGCUCUCUCACUAUAAAUCGAUACGUAUCGUCCGUUUGGUGUCCCUCUCAGUCUGGUGAUCAUCUGGACAUCUGGUAAACAGAUCAAUGGACAGAUUGAUCUGCUCUUUCAUCCCAGAUUUUCUUCUUCUUCCUCUCUAUUUUCCUCAGUUCUUCAUGCAGUGAUCGUAUCAUCAGUAAAGCGAGGGAUCGGAUUAGGAGAUGAACAGCCAGAGGGAGGUCAUGGUAUCGUGUGAUGUCCUCAUAGUUUUUCUCAUAGACUUUAUCUUAAUUUUUACAAUAUGGCAGAAAUGGCCUUUGUGAUAAAUUGGGAAUGAUGUAAAUGAAAAAUAAAGUGCACUCCUGAUGUCAUGAUGUAGGAAAUGGCCGUCCUGGCCGUCCUGCAUCUGUCCGUGUGGCCCAACCGUGCUUUAACAGUCGUUACAGCUCAAACUAAUUCUCUGGAAGUCCAAGCCCAUGUUGGAAAUAAUUUCUCUUUAAAGAAAUAAUUAACUUUUUACACUAUAAGCACCUGAGUGGCCACUUUUAACCUUCACACACCUCGGGUCUUACUGUAUAUGCACGUCGUCCUGAACUUACACUUGCGUUUGAUUUCUCGGUACAUCGAAUCGUAUCGUGACAACGCAGAACAUUUCAGCCACAUGACUACAAUCACUGUGUGAUGUCGUGACCGAAGAAACCGAGCUCCUCUCCUUUUUUUUUUCCUCUUUUCUCCCUCCUUUCUCGUUGCUUUUCUGCUCCACUGUGAAGUGAAAAGUUUCCUGUCGGCUGCUGAACGAAAAGGUUCCUGAGGCCCUUGACCUCGAGAUGCAGCGGGUCAACGGUGUGAUCCUGAUGGAAUGAUCUACAACUCGGGCAGUGGAACCGCGAUGACGUGCAUGACGCACCACAGUGAAGUGACACUCGUGAUUCAUAACCGACAUGGCAUUAUUCUGUAACCGUGGCCUGGUGACGUCACCGUGUGUGUGUUCGUGAGUGGGACUUGACGUUCGACGUGCAAUAUUUAUUUUUAUCUGGUUUGUUGUUUGUUUUGAUAAAUUGUUUGUAUAAGAAUAUAAUCGUGAAUCGCAGUGAUCACGUGAUUGCAUUAA